AUGGACGACGACGCCCGCCAUGAGCGAUUGCUCGACCGCCGUGCGCAGCUGACUGAAGGGCUCAGCAGCUUGCCGUACGACCUAAUUCUUUACCUCGAGCGCGCAGCCGUCUACUCAGACUUGGGCUACCCUGAUCUUGCAGCCGCCGACGCUUAUCGAGCCCUGCUCCUGACGGACGAGGUUGCCAACGAGGGCUUCGAGUACCAUGAGAAGGCCCUGGAAAGCCUCACGCUGCGCGCAAACCAUGUUGUCCCAGAGGUGCUCACGCAUGGCAGUCUUGCAUCGGAGCCGCUCACCGCCAUCUUCGACGGAUCCGAGCCGGACGCGGCCGCCAUCCUCCGCCUUGCGCGGGUCGCAUCGAUUCGCGCGUACCAGAUUCUCUCGCUGAGUCUUUUGCUUUGUGGCUGUCUGAAGAGUGCGGCCAAUUUUUGCGACAGAGGGCUCCAAAUAGCGCCCGACAACCAAGAACUUGUCAACACAAAGGACCACAUUCGGACCGUCGGCCGCCGCAGGCUCCGGCGCAACGACUUCGACAACGGCGACCUGCCCGACUAUGGCCUGGUCCGUCGUGAGGUGUACCCUUGGAACGACCACGAGCCCGACCGCUUCGCGCCGGAGUCAUUGGAUACCUUGAACGCCUUUCUGAAGGAGAUGGCCCCGAAAUGCGCCAUCCAAGUCGCGACGUUGCCGGUUCUUCUCGAGGGAGCCAGCGAUACCGACGGAUAUGACAUCAUCCCUACCUGCAAACAGUUGGGCGUCUUCGCCCAGGAGGACAUUGAGCCUGGAGAGGCUGUUCUCAAGGAGUAUUCGCUCUUGACCGCCAACAACAGGCUCAAGGAUGCAGUCUGCGACGCCUGCAGCUCCGACUUGCCGCCGCUCGGCAGCGAAAACGAGGCGGUCAGCUGCGACGAAUGCUACGAUACUGUCUUCUGCAGCCAAUACUGCCACGACCAGGCCAUGGAGCGUUACCACCCGGCAGUUUGCGAGAAGGACGUCGACGCCAUCGCGAAAGAUGCCGAUGCCUUCGAAGCCGACGAGACGCUAUACCUGCUCCUUCUCGCCCGCGUGUUAGCGCUGGCUGCGCACCAAGAAGUCCAUCCCCUCGACGUGAGGGAGGUCAGGUUCAUCUGGGGUGAUUUUGUACCCACCAGCACCAACGCCAUCAACGUGUCGCCAAAUGCCGGCCCUCCGCCCGAGUGGACGUUGCCCUUUUCCUUCAAGUACAACAUCGAGACGCCGCUCCACCUUCUCGAGAAGAUGGACAUUGACAUCUUUGCCAGCUUGCCAGACUAUGACCUAUGGGUCGUCAACACAUUGUACGCCAAGUUCAGAGGCACUGCGUCGGCGCGCAAGAACCCUCGCGACGGUCGCCCAGAUGUUGCCGCUGUCCACCCCUACUGGUGCCUCGCCAACCACGACUGCGAUCCGAACGUCACCUGGGAUUGGGGCGGCCGCAUGGUGCUCUGGGCACGGAAGGAGAGGGUGGUCAGCGGGCGUCCGGGCGGCAUCAAACGGGGCGAGGAGAUAUUGAACCACUACUGCGACGUGACGCUGCCCGUCCAGCAGCGCCGAGAGUGGGCAAGGGGCAGCCUCGGGGGCUGGUGCAUGUGCCAGCGUUGCCGGACAGAGGCCGCUGCCGAAGCAGCCAAGGGCCCGGCCGCGGUGAAUGGCAAGGCAGCCGCCAAGAGCUAG